AGGCGGGGCCGAGCGGCUACCGACCGAAGGUCCACUCCGCCGCCGCCGGGAGUCUCCCGGUAAUAAAAGACCGACGCGUCCGCGGCCGGUUCUCCGCAUUCUGCCGCCAUGGACGCGCUGCUGUACGUCGGCGGCGCGCUGCUGACGCUGCUGCUGUGGAUCCGAGUCAAGGGCCUGGAUUACGUCAUCGUGCACCAGCGGUGGGUCUUCGUGUGUCUGUUCCUGCUGCCGCUCUCCGUGCUGUUCGACGUGUACUACUACGUGCGCGCGUGGCUCAUCUUCAAGAUGUGCUCCGCGCCCAAACUGCACGACCAGCGCGUGCGGGACGUCCAGCGACAGGUGCGCGAGUGGAGGAAGGACGGCGCCAAGACCCACAUGUGCACGGGACGUCCCGGCUGGCUCACCGUGUCGCUCCGGGUGGGGAAGUACAAGAAGACGCACAAGAACAUCAUGAUCAACAUGAUGGACAUCCUGGAGGUGGACACCAAACGGCAGGUCGUGAGGGUCGAGCCGCUGGCCAACAUGGGUCAGGUGACCGCCCUCCUCACCUCCAUUGGCUGGACGCUGCCGGUGCUGCCCGAGCUGGAUGACCUCACUGUGGGUGGCCUGGUGAUGGGUACGGGCAUCGAGUCGUCCUCCCACAUCUACGGGCUGUUUCAGCACAUCUGCGUGGCGUACGAGCUGGUGCUAGCUGACGGCAGCUUGGUGCGCUGCACAGAGGAGGACAACGCGGACCUGUUCCACGCCGUCCCCUGGUCCUGCGGGACGCUGGGCUUCCUGGUGGCGGCCGAGGUGAAGAUCGUCCCGGCGAAGGCCUGGGUGAAGCUGCGCUACGAGCCGGUCAGAGGGCUGGAGAACAUCUGCCGCCGCUUCGCCGCCGCCUCGGAGGACAAGCGGAACACGUUCGUGGAGGGCCUCCAGUACGGCCGGGACGCCGCCGUGGUCAUGACGGGGACGAUGACGGACCACGCCGAGCCCGACAAGGUCAACAGAAUCGGCCUCCACUUCAAACCCUGGUUCUUCAAACACGUUGAGGGCUUCCUGCGAGACGACCGCGGCGCGGUGGAGUACAUCCCUCUGAGGCAGUACUAUCACAGACACACACGCAGCAUCUUCUGGGAGAUUCAGGAUAUUAUUCCCUUCGGCAAUAACCCGAUAUUCCGCUGGGUGUUCGGCUGGAUGGUUCCUCCCAAGAUCUCCCUGCUGAAGCUCACGCAGGGCGAGACCAUCCGCCGGCUCUACGAGCAGCACCACGUGGUGCAGGACAUGCUGGUCCCCAUGAAGGACCUGCAGGCCGCCAUCGCCCGCUUCCACCAGGACGUCGAGGUCUACCCUCUGUGGCUGUGUCCCUUCCUGCUGCCCCCGGGCAGAGGGAUGGUGCACCCCAGGGGGCAGGAGGCGGAGCUGUACGUGGACAUCGGCGCCUACGGGGAACCCCGAGUCAAACACUUUGAGGCCAAAGCGUCAACGAGGCAGCUGGAGAAGUUUGUGCGAGAAGUGCACGGGUUCCAGAUGCUGUAUGCAGAUGUGUACAUGGACCGAGAGGAGUUCUGGGAGAUGUUUGACGGGCGGCUCUACCGCAGACUGAGAGACGAGCUCGGCUGUAAGGAGGCCUUCCCCGAGGUGUACGACAAGGUCUGCAAGGCCGCCCGCCACUGAGCCCUCGACCCCCGGCGCCCUGACCUUUGACCUGUUUGGCAGCACGCCGCGUCUAAGCAAGCGGUCACACUGAGACUUUGUGCUCAUCACAACAAGGGUCAUUUUGCUUCGAGGCCUUUCUAUGUGAAGCACACGUUCUCUUUUCAACAUCCGUGUUCGGAUUUCUUGGCAGAAACGUGGCAGAAGAUGUUUAUUUUCAGCCAUUUAAAAACCUACGAGUGCCAAACCUUUUAAAAGCACCACUUCCUUAUCGGAGCCAUGGUGCAUAUUUUAAGAUCUAUACUUUUGUAAUAAAUGUACAUGAAGGGAGAACAAACUAUUUAUAUUGUAACUGGAAGUCGUCUCACCAGCACCGUGCAGGAAAUGAACAGAAUGAAUAUCGUUUGACCUGUAAGGCAUCAUAGUUAAUUCAUUGGAAGAUUACAUAAUGUACCAGUUUGUACUUGUUUAAUGUUAAAUACUUGAUACCAAUAAUGUCUGAAUUGUGGAUCAUAAUAUAGAAUCUCAAAGUGUCCUAUUAAACAAUGUUAAAACAAAU